GCAGAAGGAAACAGGAAGAAGCAAGAUGCAGUCAUUGAGCAGCAGAGUGGAGCAGAGUAUCGGGAAAAACAGACUGAUGGUGGAUGAGGAGGCGCCACUCAGGGAGGGAUGGCCGAUGUUGCCUGCAGGUCGCAUUCAAGCUGCUCCUCUCUGGGAACACAGCUGACCACUCUAUCCACCUCCCCUCCCUCUUCCUCUCACCGUGCUGCCUCCUCUUCCUCCUGAAGACCAUGGAGGAGGUCACCAAGAUCACAGAAACCACACCGACCCCGCCACCUCUCCUGGAACGGCGGGUUCGCCAGCGACAGCCCAUAGUUUCAGUCCUCAAAUCCAAACUGAAGCAGGGGGUUACCUGCUCUUUACCCAGAGUCCGAUCUACCCUGACCGGGUUCUUCCCUGUGGUGCAAUGGCUGCCUAAAUACAAGCUCAGAGAGUACGUCUGGGGCGAUGCGAUGUCCGGGCUGAUUGUGGGUAUCAUCUUGGUACCGCAGGCUAUUGCAUACUGCCUGCUGGCAGGAGUAGAGCCCAUCUACGGCUUAUACACCUCAUUUUAUGCCAACAUCAUUUACUUCUUCAUGGGGACAUCCAGACAUGUUUCUGUGGGGAUUUUCAGCCUCAUGAGCCUAAUGGUUGGACAGCUGGUGGAUAGGGAGAUGUUCCUGGCCGGUUUUGAUCUCAAUGAGGAUUCCAAAACAUCUGGUCCUGAUGUGUUUAAUGGCUCAAUGGGCACUAACCUCACAGCUAGUAAACUGCACACUGUGGAGCUAAUGGGCCUGCAGUGUGGGAAGGAGUGUUACGCCAUCAGUAUCGCUGCCGCCGUUACAUUCCUGGCUGGUGUCUACCAGGUAAUGAUGGCUGUGUUGCAGUUAGGCUUCGUCUCUGUCUACCUUUCGGCCCCAAUGCUCGACGGUUUUGCCACAGGAGCCUCUUUCACCAUCCUGACUGUGCAGGCUAAAUAUCUGUUAGGUCUAAAGAUUCCCCGUCACCAGGGCUACGCCACAGUCGUUGUCACCUGGAUCAACAUCUUUGCCAACAUUCACAAAACCAAUCUGUGUGACCUCAUCACUAGUGCCAUUUGUAUCUCCAUAUUAGUGGCAGGGAAAGAGAUCCAGGAACGCUACAAGGAUCGUCUAAAGAUCCCUCUGCCAACUGAGCUGGUAGUAGUGGCAGGAGCUACACUGGCCAGCCAUUUUGGGGGACUGAGCAGGAUUUAUGGCUCCAGUGUUUCCGGUCAUAUCCCCACAGGGUUCAUUCCUCCCCAGGUGCCCAGCUUUUGUCUGAUGUCAAGAGUGGCAAUGGAUGCCAUUCCUCUGGCUGUCAUUAGUUUUGCCUUCACUGUGUCGCUGUCAGAGAUGUUCGCUAAGAAAAACGGCUACACGGUUCGUCCCAACCAGGAGAUGCUUGCCAUCGGCUUCUGUAACAUCAUCCCCUCCUUCUUCCAUUGUUUCACCACCAGUGCAGCACUAGCAAAAACAAUGGUGAAGGAUUCAACGGGCUGCCAGACACAGGUAUCAAGUCUGAUCAGCGCCUUGGUCGUCCUUCUUGUCCUUCUCUUCUUCGCACCUUUCUUCUACUCUCUCCAGAAAUGUGUUCUUGCCUGUAUCAUUAUUGUCAGCCUUCGGGGGGCACUGAGGAAGUUCAAGGACGUGCCUGAUAAGUGGCACGCCAGCCGGAACGACACGAUUGUUUGGCUUGUCACCAUGUCGGCUACGGCUCUGAUCAGUGUGGAGCUUGGCCUCCUGGUCGGAAUCGCCUUUUCCUUGAUAUGCAUCAUCUUUCAGACCCAGAACCCUAAGGUCUCUCUGCUCGGCCGGGCCAACCACUCUGAUCUUUACGAGGAUGUGGAGGAGUACAAGAACCUAAUGCCACCACCUCGGGUUCAGGUCUUCCGCUUCCAAGCUCCUCUGUACUUCGCCAACAAGGAAUCCUUCCUCAAAUCUCUGUACAAAGCUGUCGGAGUAGAACCAUUGUUGGAGAUGACUACGAGGAGAAAGGCAGAGAAGAAGGCGAAACAGAUGUCCUCAAAGCAGGCAAAUGGGGAUAAAAAAAAUGGGGAGGUUGUUGUUGGACUUGUCCAAAGAGAACUGGAGUUCCACACGAUAGUUUUAGACUGUUCUGCCAUCCCUUUCAUAGACUCGACAGGAAUGGCCACGUUCAAAGGGCUGGUCAAGGAAUAUAAAGAGAUAGGAGUGAGCCUGCUACUCGCCAGCUGUAACACCUCAGUCAUUGAUACCCUGCAGAAGGGACAGUUCUUUGGGAAGAAUGACAAAGAUAUGAGCAGCCUGCUGUUUCAUACAGUUCACACUGCAGUUCUUUAUGCAAACCGUACAUCUGCAGCAGCAGAGAGCCAGUCAGACGACUCUGAGGUAUAGAACAGCUGAAGGAAGAAGGUAAAAGAGAAAAUAUUGUAGUGUGCUCCAUUUCUCCUUCUCUUUUCCGUUUCUGAGCCUAAAAGAUAUUUUAGGGGGACUUUUGUUGCCAUCUGCGACAAUAUUGCGUUAGCUAGCUUUGAGGUUGCAUUUUAAGGAGCUUUGUCCAAGAAAACAUACAAUUAAGAAGAUUAUCCUGUUGGAAAGUCAUUUUUUCAAAGUUUUUUGCACUUAAAUGCUUAGAUUAAAUAAAACCCGAUCUGCCCAACAAGCCUUUGUUAAAGCUGUUUUCCUAGAUUUAAAGUGGAAUUUCACAGCUGGAAAUAUGGUAAUUUCACAAAACUAGGCCAUCUAUGUAGUGCCUUCCAAGGCCCCUCUCAGACCACUCCUGUUAUGAGUACAUAAGGCCUCUUUUCUCCUCCAUAUGUUGCCAGGCUCAUAUACAGUAAGUAGCCCUGAUUAUCUGAUUCUGACACUAGUAUACACUGGUAUUUUAAUAUCAGUUUUUCUCUAUCGCUAGCAAGAAAAUAAUAUGGCGGACAGACGCAGAGAGAAAUUUAAUGUCAUUCAUACAAAUGUACCACCGCCCUUAGAACAAUAGAAACCAGGUUGAAAACUGUUGAAGCUGGUCUAAGUAUAAGUAAGGAUAGAUCAAGAUAGAGACAGCAAAAAUAUUCACUGGUCAGCAAAUACUACCAUGGCUGACAAAUGACUUCAAAUUUGACAAAUUUCCCUUUUAUAAAAGUGGAAAAAUUGAACAUUUUCCUUGAAAAUUUCCCUAGCCAAACUAUUCAAAUUUACAGCCUGUGUAUACCCAUUUACUUCAUAUUUCUUGGUUGACUCAGUUACCAGAUUUGUUACACCUUUUGUUGUUAUGGAUAUUCUGUUUCAAAUUUAGAUAGACAUAAAGACAAGGUGAUAUGAUUGUUGUAACCCCUUUGCAUUAUAAACCCCAGAUUUCCAGUGGACUGAAGUUUGUGGUAGGGGUAGUUCAUCUGUAAUGGUCUGUUCCAAUCGUGGUCAUUUCUGUUGACUUCUCCUAUUAGCUUUCCUCCUGUAUUUUCCUCAUUUCCUCCAAAUAAUGUCUUGGCUGAAUACAAGCAGAAGUCAGGAAAGAAACGGAAAUGAGUAUUAGGAAAGACAAAUGGAACGCAUCCGUGGUUUUGUAUAUGAGUGAGCACCUCUGGCUUAUUUUUGAAUGUAGGUGUUGGGAAUCACAGACACCCUGACCCUGAUCUAUAGCAUCAGUGCUAUCAAUAAAUUAAGUGCAAUAAACAUCUGGGUUUUUCAUACACACUUGUGUCACUAUGUCACUAAAGCUGUUUCAGCUUUUUAUAUCCCUUCAAGCCUUUGGCAAAGUCUAUAAUGACUCUAAUCCAGGAGUCCAGAGUACAGACUAUCAGUGACAUUUCCUGAGGUGCAAACUAUUACCUUGGACCUCAUAAUCAUUUCCAAAAGGUUAGUUAAACUCUUCCUGACUUAAAGAAGAAGUUUUCGUGGGUGGCGGGAAGAAAGGCUUUACAUGACUAAUGAGGACUGCAUGCUUUCUCAACCUCAAUAUCACACUGAGAGAGUCUUGCCUUCAAACAAGUCUUCAUUGGUGCUUCUGAGAUAUAUAUUUUUGCUGAGUGAACUGAUGGCAGCAGGUGAUGCCACAUAUUUGGUCAAAAUGCUUCACUGCCACUGGUUUGUUAAAUCAAAUAUUUUAUGAUAUGCAAAAUGUGAGCAAACUUUGUCUCUUUGUUAUAUCCUGUUAGUGUUAAAUCUAGAUUCAAUCAAUAACAAUUACAUGUAAAUACUCUAACUUAAGUUUGUAAUAAUUCAAAAAGGAUGCAUUUUUGCUUUCAUUUGAAAAUGCUCCUGUCAAAAAGACUUAGCGGGUGAAGUGGCCUUGUAAUGAGAUGUAGACAUUCUUAUCUUCAAGUUCAGAACAUUAUUGUUUUGUAUUUUCAUACACUUAUUUUGUCAUCAAACAUGUCCAUGAAUGAAUUUAACUUGAGUCAUGGUAGUAAUUACAUUUUUUUUUUUUGGGGGAAGUCUAUCUGACUUUCACUUUAGACAGAGUGUUGACAUUCAACAUCCAUAUACAAACACUGCCUCAAUGUUCAUUAC